AUGCUGCUCUCCAGCUGCGAUGCCGCGACGUUGGCGCGAGUGGGCGGAGUGCCCGAGGGCAUCCAGGUCAUGGAGUACCCCAGCCCCAUGCCCAGCCACAGCAGCUGUGCUGCAGCCAAGCAGGCGACCCUCCUUGAGUUCAGCACUAAACUGCCAGGCUUGGACAUCUGGUACCUCACUGAGCACAGCAUGGUGCCGCAUUGCGCCGCCCUCCUGCGCAAUUUGACCAUCAUCCCUGCCCUUCGAGCUCUCCAUCCGGACCUUGUCCUCGGGGACUUCAGCGACGUCUGCACUCCCAUCCUCGGGGAUGGUCUGGGCGUCCCCAGGUUCCUGGAGUGGCAGUUUGGGGACUCCCUCCGCGCCCAGUUCCCCCUCGCCGUGCGGCGCAGCGCCCACGUGGCCGCCGGGGACGCAGCGCUCCUGCUCAUCAACACCCACACCGCCCUGGAGUUUGAACGGCCGGCGCUGCCGCCCCAUGUCCGACUGGCGCCCCCCAUCCUGCCCUCACUGUACGUGAGCUUUGGCUCCCUCUUCACGCUGACCAUGACCCUGGACCAGCUGCGGGGCCUGCACGCCGUGCUUGCCUCCCUCCCCGCACGCGUGCUGUGGAAGUUGGAGGCCGGGGACGUGCCCGGCCCGGACGGCGCUGCGUUCCUGGCCGGCCUGCCCCCGCUGCCGCACGGCGGCGCACUGCUGGGCUGGGUGCCCCAAAACGACGUGCUGGGGUCGGGCGGCGUGCGCGCCUUCCUCACCCAUGGCGGCAUCAACGGCGUGACCCAGUCCCUCUACCACGGCGUGCCCAUGCUGAUCCUGCCCUUCGCCGGCGACCAGCUGGACAACGCGCGGCGCGUGGAGGCGCUGGGCGCUGGGGUCAAGCUGGGCCGCGCGGGGUUCGUGAAGAGGCAGGCCGAGCUGCAUGCGGCGCUGAUGCGGGUGCUGACGGAGGAUGGGUUCAAGCAGGCAGCGGUGCGAGUCUCCAGGGAGCUGCGAGGCGGCCCCACCCCGGGCAGGGUCCUGGCCGCCGACGCCGUGCUGGAGGCGCUGGGGUCCCUGGCGCUGGCUGCAGCUGCGUGA